UUCUCUUUCGGGCAAGGGUCAUGAGGUAAUGCCACGGCCAUGUGACUCCUGCUCUGCCCUGCUCCCUCUGCUGUCUUGGCCCUAUUAUUCCAGAAAGUCCAUGUGUACAUUGUGAGCUGCUCAGAUCAGCGACCUGAACUGAGAGAUCUCACCCAGAUGGCGGACUCAAAACCACUCCCUACCCUGGAUGGGGACCCCAUGGCUGCAGAAGUCUUGCUCCGGGACGUCUUUGGGAUUGUCAUAGAUGAGGCCAUUCGGAAAGGGACCAGUGCCUCAGAGAAGGUCUGUGAAUGGAAGGAGCCAGAAGAGCUCCGGCAGCUGCUGGAUCUGGAGCUGCAGAGCCAGGGUGAGCCUCAGGAGAGGAUCCUGGAGCGUUGCCGGGAUGUGAUCCGCUACAGCGUCAAGACAGGUCACCCGCGCUUCUUCAACCAGCUCUUCUCAGGGUUAGACCCCCAUGCUCUGGCUGGGCGCAUCAUCACAGAGAGCCUCAACACCAGCCAGUACACAUAUGAGAUUGCGCCUGUGUUUGUUCUCAUGGAAGAGGAGGUGCUGAAGAAGCUGCGUGCCCUGGUGGGAUGGACCUCGGGGGAUGGGGUCUUCUGUCCUGGUGGCUCCUUCUCCAACAUAUAUGCCAUGAACCUGGCCCGCUUUCAGCGCUACCCCGACUGCAAGCAGAGGGGUCUCCGGGCCCUGCCACCCUUGGUCCUCUUCACUUCUAAGGAGUGCCACUACUCCGUCAGUAAGGGAGCUGCUUUCCUGGGACUUGGCACGGACAGUGUCAGAGUGGUCAAGGCUGAUGAGAGAGGGAAGAUGAUCCCUGAGGAGCUGGAGAGGCAGAUCAGUGUGGCCGAGGCUGAGGGCUCUGUGCCAUUUCUGGUCAGUGCCACCUCUGGCACCACCGUGCUAGGGGCCUUUGACCCCCUGGAUGCAAUUGCUGACAUUUGCCAGCGCCACGGACUCUGGUUGCACGUGGAUGCCGCCUGGGGUGGGAGUGUCCUGCUGUCUCGGACUCACAGGCGUCUCCUGGACGGGAUCCAGAGGGCGGACUCCGUGGCCUGGAACCCACACAAGCUUCUCGCCGCUGGCCUGCAGUGCUCCGCUCUUCUUCUCCGGGACACCUCGAACCUGCUCAAGCGCUGCCAUGGCUCCCAGGCCAGCUACCUCUUCCAGCAGGACAAAUUCUAUGACGUGGCCCUGGACACGGGGGACAAGGUGGUGCAGUGUGGUCGCCGUGUGGACUGUCUGAAGCUGUGGCUCAUGUGGAAGGCGCAGGGCGGGCAAGGGCUGGAGCGGCGCAUCGACCAGGCCUUUGCUCUCACCCGGUACCUGGUGGAGGAGAUAAAAAAGCGGGAAGGCUUUGAGUUGGUCAUGGAGCCCGAAUUUGUCAACGUGUGCUUUUGGUUUGUGCCUCCCAGCCUGCGGGGGAAGAAGGGGAGUCCGGAUUACAGCCAAAGGCUGUCUCAGGUGGCGCCCGUGCUCAAGGAGCGCAUGGUGAAGAAGGGCUCCAUGAUGAUUGGCUACCAGCCUCAUGGUGCCCGGGCCAACUUCUUCCGGAUGGUGGUGGCCAACCCCAGCCUGUCUCAGGCCGACAUAGACUUUCUCCUGGGCGAGCUGGAGCGCCUGGGCCAGGACCUGUGAGCCUGCCCCUCUCUCUGCCCCGCCCCGCACAGACCCCUGGGUCUCAGGAGCAACCUUUCUUGGGAUUAGUGGCCUUGACUGUGUGCUUCACACACCAACCCUCCUAACUAAGCAAGCCAGUCGAGUGUCUAAACACACUGUUUCUGUAAAAUUAUCUUCCAGUGAGCCCCUAUAGGGUGGCACACGCCUUUAAUCUCAGCACUUGGGAGGCAGGGGCAGGCAGAUUUCUGAGUUUGAGGCCAGCCUAGACUACAGAGCUACACAGAGAAACCCUGUCUCAAAAAAAGAAAAAGCAAAAACAAAUAAGGAAAGUCUUACAUUGAAAUUAUGUUUACAAGGAAUUUUUAUUAAUGAGAAAUUAUGAUAUAUUGAAAAAGCUGCAUAGGAGUUUAUAUAUCAUGGUGUCUGAGUUAUACUUUAAAAUACAUAGGAAAAGGCUGGUGAGUGGAACUGCCAGAGUUAGCAGCGCUCCCUGGGAGGGGAAAGCUCCUCAAACCUCCUGGAUUUCUGGGCUCCCUCAUUUUAUGAUGCGACAAAAAGUACAAACCUUUGACAUAGGACAAUAAAGCUGCAGUUUCCAUUCCA